AUGGCUACCGCUGAAACCGUCGAUCUGGGCCCUCCCCAUCCUCCCAAGGAGGACGCCAUUUCUGCCUUUGAGCAGCUUCUCCCAGAGCUCAAGAAGAACCUCAUUCACCUUCGCCAUGAGUACUCGAAGCACGAGACAGAGUACUUUGAAGCCGCCAAACACCUCUCCGAUCAUGACCUCGCUGGCUUCGGCCCCGACAAUUUCGAGUCGGUCCGCGUCGCUACGUCGGCCUACGGCAUCCACCUCUUCGGCAAGCUCCGCAUCCCCGCCUUGCCCGAAGACGGCCCCGCCUAUCUUCACUUCCGCGCCUUCAUCGGCGGCAGCGACGAGCCCGCCAAGCUUCACAGCAUCCACACCGAGGAGCGCGACGACCCCAACGGCGGCAAGACGUUCCGCGCCAUAUUCACAAAGGACGACGAGCUCGAGUGGUUUGAUACCUGA